CCUUGUGUGUUCUGACUUCACAGUGCUGUUAGGAUCCGGUUGUUUUCUUCUCUACUCAGUUAUUUGAGAAUCAUGCAGCUGCAAGUGAAUAUCAUGUUUGGUCAUUAUGAAUAGCAUUAUAGGGCUCAGUUACUCUGCACAGCAAUGUUGAGUUGUUUACGCACAGCUGGUCAGAAUUAGCGCACUCAGCAGAUCCGUUCCUCUGAGCGCUGAGAGACUCGAGCGAAAGCAAGAACAGGUGCAGUGAUGGUGGAGGACGGGACCGUCAUGAGGGGACGGGUAACAGUGUACUCCGUGCCAGGCUGUCCACACUGCAUACAGGCCAAAGCUACUCUGAGUACGCUAGGUGUGCCUGUGUGUGAUGUGGAUGUGAACAAGCACAGAGAGUUAAGAGCACGACUGAAGAAGCUCACAGGACACAGUGCCGUGCCACAGAUAUUCUUCAAUAACCUGUUUGUGGGAAACAACGAGGACCUCCAGAACCUGGUGAGACCAGAAACGGAUCCUGAGCGGCUGGAGCGUCUCGUCCUGUCAGUAAGAGAGGACCCCGUGCCGCCGGACGCUCUGCCUGUACCUGGAGAAAACAGCCUUGACUCUGCUGGCGAGGUUAAUGGAGCAGCCUGUGAGCUCUCGGAGGCACUGAGGAAUCUGAUCCUGAAACUCUACUCGGAUCAUCUCUCUGAAGAUGGCAAGACAGUUGAUUACAAGGCCAUGUCCCAGAGCCUGUGCUUCCAGCGGUACUGUGAUCUAGCUGUCCAGCUUCAGCGCGUGGAUCUGCUGUCUCUGAGUCGUGAGGAGAAACUGGCUUUCUUUAUCAACAUCUACAACGCCCUCGUCAUCCACGGGAACCUGCGGCUGGGCUUUCCCAAAAACAUAUGGCAAAGGUAUCGGUUCUUCAACUAUGUGAGCUACUUCAUUGGCGGUGAGGUGUUCACACUGCAGGAUAUUGAAAAUGGAGUGCUUAGAGGAAAUCGCAAAGGUGUGGCACAACUCCUGAAGCCCUUUUCCAGGAACGACCCUCGACUGCAGGUGGCACUUCCUGAUGUUGAGCCUCUCAUUCAUUUUGCACUGAACUGUGGUGCAAAGGGCUGCCCUCCAAUUAAGACAUAUACACCAGAGGACAUCGACAGUCAGUUGCGUGCUGCAGCAGAAGCGUUCCUGGAGAAUGACGACAGCUGCGUGAUUGACAGCGUGGGACGAGAAGUGAAACUCAGCCAGAUCUUCAAGUGGUACAAGGCAGAUUUUGGAGGCACCGAUGAGAAGCUGCUGAACUGGGUGUUUGACCAUAUGGGAGCGUCACAGAAGAAGAGGACUCUGCAGGCUCUGCUUUCACAAGGAAAGGUCAAAGUGAGCUAUCUGCCCUAUGACUGGUCAAUAAACAGCACAGACUGAACUAAACCCCAUUCUCAUGCACAUGAUCACUCUAUCACUCACGUAUUGUGGGUACUUUGUUUCUGCUGAACACACGCAGCCGAGACGAGCGAUUCAAAUCAAAACUGUACCCUAAAACUAUGCAUUUCGAUCCCUUUACCUUGUUCUUCCACCUCCCAAAGGGCAAUGUGAUACUGUAGCCUAAUAUUUCUAAUGAAAUUUUAUACCUAUAAUUUUCCAAAUUGUAUUGCAGUGUUUUGCACUGACUAUUAUGCAGUUACAUGUUUUAAAUAUUCUCGUGCAAGGAUGUCUUUAAUUUAUCCGCAUUAUUAUAUUUAUUGUACUGUAUAUAUGUUGAUUUCUUUUUAAAAUUUUAAUAUAUUUCAGCAACACUAUGAUACCCAUGGAGCGUAACGAAACAUACUUUGCACAGAUUGAACUAUCGUGCAAAUUACUUGUAAUUUACACUUUUUCGAAAGACCUCAAGGAAAAAUUAUAUUUAAUGUAUACACAUACAUACUUAUUACUGUGUAUUGUUAAGUUGGUGCAUAUAUAUAUAUAUAUAUAUAUGCACCAAUUUAACAAUACACAGUAAUAAACUGCAAUAUUUACCUAUGUAUAUUUUUACAAAAACACUAAAAUAUAUGACUAAUUUGCAGAUACUUCCAGGAAUGUUUUUAUUUGAGGGCACAAUCU